GACGAAAGCUGUCUCACAGUACUUUCGAAUCCGGAUAUUCGCUCGGAUGAGCGCUCCAAAAUAAUCGCCGAGGCACCAGAUAAAAUCAAAGAGGCUUUAAAAUUCAUAAGAAACCAGCUGUUCGAGGUGCCUUUUAUCGCAUUUUAUCGUAAAGAAUAUGUGGAAUCAUGCCUUGUUAUAAAUGAUUUAUGGAAGGUGCCUUUUAUAGCAUUUUAUCGCAAAGAAUAUGUGGAAUCAUGCCUUGUUAUAAAUGAUUUAUGGAAGGUAUACCAGUGGGACGAGAAGGUUUGCAGCUUUUUGGUGUCUUUUAAAAUUCUCAUAGUGCACGGAGUACAGACAGUGGAAGGUUUGAUGGACGUUUCAACAAAAUUUCAACUUUAUUAUGGUUCAGAAGUACCGAAAAUGAUCGACUGGGAAAAAAUCCAGAAUUUGAGCGAAGAUGAUCCAGAGCGUGAAGCUGCUGAAAUGCGUUUUCGUGCUGCGACUCGGACUGAUAAAUAUAUGCUUUGCAUUCAAAAUGGAUUGGGCGGAUUAGCGGCGCGCUUUGGCCUAACGCCUCUACAGUUUGCGGAAAAUCUGGAUUGGAAGCGUCAUGAGAUCGAGCAAGAUGAUGAAGAGCCGUUGAAAGCUGCAGAGCAGUUCGUGAAAUGCUACGAAGGCGAUAUCGAAUGCGCUUGA